GAAGAUGAUGAACUACAAGAUCAGUCCAGGUGUGGAGUGUGUGAGCAGCUUCUGACAGAUCCAGUCUCCAUCAGCUGUGGACACAGGUUCUGCAGACAGUGUAUCAGCAGCUACUGGGACCAGUCUUCUUCAUCAGGAGGGUUUGGCUGUCCACAGUGCAGAAAGAGAUCUAGAACCCGUCCUCUUCUACACCCACACAAAGACAUGGAAGAGGCCAUGCAGCACGACUGUCACACUCCAGUGCAUGAUGUACUGCAUAGAGUCUUACACACCCACAAAACCAGCAUGAAGAACAAGUAUGAGAGCUUAUUUGAGGGAAUCAAUACACAAGAGAAUAAAACCCUCUUGAACCAGAUUUACACACAGCUCUACAUCAUAGAGGGAGAGAGUGAAAGUGUGGAUGAAGAACAUGAGGUUUUACAGAUGGAGAAAACACUCAGGAAACAACUGUUACAAGACAUUCCAAUCAACUGCUCUGACAUCUUUAAAGCUGUACAAGAUCCUAAAAAAGAAAUGGAAGAAGAGAACAUUAGAGCUGUGAUGGCUGAAGGUGUCAGACACACAGAAGAAAAAGAAGAUAAAGGACCAGAAAUGCCAAAGCUCAGAACGGUUCUGACUAAAGGAAUUGCAGGAAUUGGGAAAACUGUCUCUGUGCAGAAAUUCAUUCUUGACUGGGCUGAGGGAAAAUCCAAUCAGGAUGUAGAUUUCAUGUUUGUGCUUCCAUUCAGGGAGCUGAACUUGAUUAAAGAUGAGCAGUACAGUCUUCAUACACUUCUGUGUAACUUCCAUCCUGAGAUUAAAGAUCUUGCCUUAAGGACAUAUGAUACACACAAAUGUGUGUUCGUUUUUGAUGGUUUAAACGAAAGCACAAUUCCACUGAACUUUCUAUGGUGUGAGAAUGUAUUUGACAUUACCACGAUAUCAUCAGUGAAUGUGUUGAUCACAAACCUCUUCAAAGGAGAGUUGCUUUCCUCUGCUCUCAUCUGGAUAACCUCCCGACCAGCAGGAACCAGUCAAAUCCCUCCUCAGUACAUAAACCGUUUGACAGAAAUUCAGGGAUUCACUGAUGCACAGAAGGAGGAGUACUUCAGGAAAAGAAUCGGUGAUCAAGACCAAGCCAAGAAAAUCAUCUCACACAUUAAGACAGUAAAGAGCCUCCACAUCAUGUGCCACAUACCGGUCUUCUGUUGGAUCUCAGCCACGGUGCUUCAGAAAAUCAUUAAAAAAAAUAAUGAUACAGAAAUCCCUAAAACUCUGACUGAGAUGUAUAUACACUUUAUGUGGACUCGGUUACACACGAAGAAUGCAAAGUACAAAGAGAAAAAUGAGAGAGAUCUAAAAACCCUUCUGGAAUCCAGCAGAACUUUGAUUCUGAAACUAGCUGAAGUGGCUUUUAAGCAGUUGAUGAAGGGCAAUGUACUAUUCUAUGAAGAAGACCUAAGAGAGUGUGACAUUGAUGUCACUGAGGCCUCUGUGUACUCUGGGAUUUGCACUGAGAUAUUUAGAGAGGAGAAUGUUCUACUGGAGGACCUGCUGGAAGGAGCAGUGGACAAAGCCUUGAAGAGUCAAAAUGGACACCUGGAUCUUUUCCUCCGGUUCCUGCUGGGCAUCACACUGGAGACCAAUCAGAGACUCCUACAAGGCCUACUGAUACAGUCACAGAACAGUUCAAAGAGCAUCAACAAGGCAGUCCAGUACAUCAAAAAACAAAUAAAAACAGAAAGCAUUCUUACUGAGAAAUCCAACAAUCUCUUCCUCUGUCUGACUGAAAUACAUGACCAGUCCCUCUCCAGGGAGAUUCAGCAAUAUCUACAAUCAGAUAAAGAAUCCCAAAGCAAGCUCUCUCCUGGACUGUGUUCAGCUAUAGCUUUCUUAAUGCAGAUGUCAGAGGAAGUGCUGGAUGAGGUGGACCUGAAGAAAUUCAAUACAUCAGAGGAGGGUUACAGGAGACUGAUACCAGCUGUGUACAACUGCAGAAAAGCUCUGCUACCUAUCUGUAAUCUUGGGGAAAAGACUUGUGAAAAUUUGGGAUCAGCUUUGCAACUGACAAACUCAAUCUUGAGAGCACUGGACCUUACUAACAAUGAUCUGCAUGAUUCAGGAGUGACACUGCUCUCUGCUGGACUGAAGAGUUCACAUUGUAAACUGGAGAUACUCAGAUUGUCUGGUUGUUUGGUCACAGGGGAAGGCUGUUCUUCUCUGGCUUCAGCCCUGAGUUUAAACCCCUCACAUCUAAAAGAACUGGUUCUGACCUAUAACCACCCAGGAGACUCAGGAAUGAAGCUGCUCUCUGCUAGACUGGAAGAUCCACUCUGCAAACUGGACACACUUAAAAUGGAACUUGCAGGGAUGAUCAGAAUCAAAGCAGGCUUUAAAAAAUACGCAUGUGUGCUCACACUGGAUCCAAACACAGCACACCCCCAUCUCCAUCUGUCUGAGGGAAACCGAAAGGUGACAUGGAUGGAGGAGCAGCAGUCAUAUCCUGAUCAUUCAGAGAGAUUUGAUGGCUGUGAGCAGGUGCUGUGUAGAGAGACUGUGUCUGGACGCUGUUACUGGGAAGCAGAGUGGAGGGGGAGUGGAGAGUCUGUUGUAGCAGUGGCAUAUAAAGGAAUCAACUCAAAAGGAGGCAGUACUGACUGUGCAUUUGGAUACAAUGACAAGUCCUGGUGUCUCAUCUGCUCUAAUGAGCGUUACAUUGCCAGGCAUAAUAAGAAUCACACUUUCUUACCUGUCCUUACCUCCAGGUCCAACAGAGUAGGAGUGUAUCUGGACUGGCCGUCAGGCACUCUGUCCUUUUACAAUGUCUCCUUGGACACACAUACAUUGACCCACUUAUAUACAUUCCACUCCACAUUCACUGAGCCCCUCUAUGCAGGGUUUGGGUUUUGGGCUGUGUCUUCUGGUACCUCAGUGCGAGUGAGAUAGAAUAUCUUGUGUUGUGCAGGGAAAUAUCAGACAAA